AAGGGGGCGACGUGGAUAACUUCACCUCAUACCGCCUUUGCAUUGCUCUCAAGACCGAACUGGCUGGUGUGCGCCAGUGCACUCAACUAGCAUCGAUUGCGGGAUGUUCGGUGUCUUGACUUCCGCGCUUGCGCGGGAAUGUAGGUCCGUCGUGACCGGCCGUAUGGCUGGAGCGCUGUUUGCAGGAACAACUUGCGUGGCGACACGAUGCGCUUCGAAGGCGGCCGGCGGGAGCUCCACGAACGGCCGCAAUUCGCGAGGCAGGCGUCUGGGGGUGAAGAAGUUUGGGGGGGAAAACGUGGUGGCGGGAAAUAUCAUCAUCCGACAGCGCGGCACUCAGUUCUACCCCGGAAAGGGGGUGGGCAUGGGCAAGGACCACACGCUCUUCGCGAUGCACCCGGGGUUUGUCGUCUUCAGCCGCAGCCCCUUCACGAAGCGACGAACAGUGUCGGUCAUGAAGGCUAAGGUGGACACCGAGGCCGUAGCGGCCUUGCUGGCAGAAGAACAAGCGAGAGAAGCCCGGGCACGGGCUGCCAGCGGGAUUUACGUGUCGAUGUAACCGACAGCGGUUCCAAGUGUUUGUGGUCGGGUACCCACAGGUCGAAGGUGGUCGAAGGGAGGGCGUAGGUCGAGAUUUCCUCGACGACAGUUGGAUGUCGGGAUUUUUCUUUUUUGGACAGCAAGGGUUGGUGGGCAUUCUGUGUGUGCUUACCGGGUUGAAAGUAAUCGUUGUCUCGACAGAAAACGCUGUUCCGUUAAAGUUAGGGGGGCGCGUUGAUUGCCUGCUUCUUUAAGGCUACCCGUUUGAAUAGUUUUGCUUGAUUCCCCAAGACCGAUCAGACGUUCCAACAUGUAGUGGGCAGCUGACUUUGGUCUGGCAAAAACACCCUCGACCACAAUGCGGUGUGUGGAUGGCGCAGGGCGGCUGCAUGUGCAGACCUUUGUCCACGUGUUCGUGGAGAUACCG